UUUUGAAUUGAGCAUGGAAAAAAAGAGCAAAGAAAUUUAAAUAAAAAAAGAAAAAAAAAGAGAGAAACAUCAAACAAAACGAAUAAAAAAAAGGCAAAGCAACAUAUCUCAGCCGCAUGCAGCAUAUUGGGCUAUUGACGUAUUGAUUGAAUUGUAACAUUAUAUGGUUCAGUUCUUUUCACCACCGCUCAUUUCCCAUGUUCGCUGUCGGCCGGAAUGUACGGCUGAAUGUCUUCACUCGCCCUUCUUCCUUAGUCCUUUGUAAACAGGUCAGCACUACUACCAAUGCUACACCCGAGCGGAAACAUGGCACCUACAGGACUCCAGAAAAGGGCGACUUUAAAGUGGAAUACGAGCUGGCCGAGAGGCUUGCUGCUACAGGACUAUGGGGUCCAAAUAAAAAGGGUUUCUGGACCGCAGAGGAAAAGAAAAUUAGGUCAAUCGGUGACAAGGCGAGAAUUAAUAUCGUCAAUGAAAGUGUAUGCAAGGACAUUAUCUCAUAUAUCGGUCCUGGACUUGAACGGCAUAAAGGAUGUGACCUCCUUGACAUUUAUCCCGGCGCCGGACUCUGGAGCGAGACGUUACAUAACUUCCUCAAACCGCGAUCCCAUAUACUAAUGGAACCAGACGAUACACUAUACAAACCUUUUCUCCAACCUCUCCUCGACAAACCCAAUACCACGCUUGUCCCAGCAUCCGGGCUCGUGUGGCGAGACCUCAAUGAUGUUCUUUCGCCCAAAUAUCUGCCCCACCAAAAAGUUCCUGACCCGGAUAAACUUGGCGAGAGAAAUGAUACACUGCUGAUCACCGCAAACAUCGCCUUCCAUCCUAAAAGGAGAUUCCUCAAAUUUGAAUCCGUGGCACAUUUGGUCUUAUAUCAGUUCAUCGACGCCAUACGAACCGGCGCUUUGUAUCAAAAAUAUGGGCUCGUCCGCAUGCUUAUAUGGACCCGACCUGACGAUAAGUUUGGCAUUCUUCCCAAGGUGUUGCAGAAACGCAAGAAGCUGUCAAUUGAAACCGAGCUCUCCUGCGAUUGGGUGCGGGAAGUGUGCGGCCAGGAGGCAAUGGAUUCGACCUGGUUUAUGCGUGACAGCAUCACCGAUGCCGCCAGUGACCUUGCCACAUGGAAGCGAAUGCGGGCUCAGGGGAUCAAGAUGCCGGCAGAGAGAUCUUCUGACGCUUUAAUCGAAGCGAAAGCGGCGUCUAGAUCCAAGGAGAAAAUAGAGCCCGGAGUGACACCCCCCGCGUUCAAGAGAAGUUUUCUAGACGAAUUAGCUACGCUCGAAGCACAACACGAAAAGGAGAUCUUCGAUAAGGACUCGGCUACCUAUAGGAAGAUGCGCUCAUACAGAUGGAGGGCCAAUUGGGAACAUAGAAAACAUCAACGAAUGCAACAGCUCAUAGCUGGCCUAGAUGCCAUUAACAAACUCCACAAGGAGGGCAAAGCUUCCCCGGAGGAGCUUAAGAAACGCGAGGAUGAAUGGGAGGCUGAGUUGAUGAAAAACCCUUCCGGAUUCGUCGCCCAAUUCAUCACCUACAAGGACGGUCUCCAUAUUUACCGGCAAGAUCCUCCGGUGAUGUUCUAUGACCGCCGCGCGUACGAUAGAAUGGUUAUUCAACCCGAAGAGUUCUACCCAAAUGUUCCAAUCAGCCUCCUCGACAUCCAGCCAAAGGCGGUUCAUCCCCUAUUACGGCAGAAGGGCCCUAACUCUACUCGAGUAGGUGAUUGUUUCGAGCUCUUGCUGUCUGCGAUCAUGUCCCAAAGCAUUUUACCCUUGGACAAGACCCUGGAUAAUAUUAUGCCGGGUUUCUCGGCAUACAUCAUGCCACGCUGGACCAGCCUCAGGGACGUCAAACGAGGCGGGUUGCUUACGAACACACCACAUUCACAGUUGACUGCUAGAAUGUUGAAUGCACGACAAUGGGAGGAGUUUCUCCCCCUUCUCCGAGAAUUAAGCUAUCCUGAGAGACAAGUUUAGUAGGUGACAGAAGUAACGGUAACGUCGUUUUCGUGCUGAAGGAAGAUGCAUUCUGUGGUUGAGAAAUGUUCUUUUAAUUGAAGACUUCCAAACUAGGAGUUGGUUAUACGGUGUAUCUACCUACCUACCUAAGGUAGGUUAUAUGGACUUUUGUUAGGUAUCCUCUGUUGAAUAGAUAUGUAGCCAAGCCAAGUUGUUUGUCAGCUGGCUUACACAUGGCGCCAUUGAUGAUGAGGACCCUAGGCAGCUUAUAUCGUAUUGACCCUGCACAGAAUGCAUCGUGGCCAAGUAUAGAAGGAGACGUUGGAUUAGACAUGUGUCUUGCAGCAUGAACUCCUCCCGUUUAUCUUUUGCCAUUGUGUUGCUAGGUACUAUUAAUA